UCGCCUGCCCAGCCGAAGCCGGCCUCGCCCGCUCGACCAGGCUCGGCUCGGCGCACCCUCGGCUGCCAGCAGGGACCCGUCGCCCCGCCUUCCCGGACGCGGCAGCCAGGGAAGGGGCGGGGAGGGCGUCGGCGGGAGGGGGUCGGAAAGCGUCGCCCGGGGCUGGGAGCCGCGCGGGGAGGCGGCUGGAUCGGUCCCCCUGCCGCCGGGAGCCGAGGAGCUGCUCGCGCGUCGCGCCCGCGCCUGGAUGCUGGCUCCGGACGCCGGACUGCCGCGCCUCGGUCGCCCGAUGAGCCAGGCGGCCCUCCGCGGAGACGCCGGCAGAGGCAGCCGCUCGCUCGCCGCGCCCGCCUGGAAGUUUGCAUGAGGCUCCGCCGCGCCUCUCCGUCCCCGCGCCCCGUUGGGGAAGGAUUGCUGCCCCCCGAGACGUGCCUUUCCCGAGCGCCUAAAAUGAAGAGGGCGGUUGCAAAAGGAAGCAAACUGCUGAUUUUGGUGCUGUGCUUGAACUUCCCGUCAGAAGUGGAGUUGUGUCCUGGCGCGUGCGUAUGUUACAGUGAGCCCAAAAUCACCAUCAGCUGCCAGCAGCAGGGGCUUGGCACCAUCCCCAUUGAGAUCCCAGUGCAGACGCAGCGGAUUUUCCUGCACAACAACAGAAUAAGCCUGAUCCAGUCCACCAGCUUCACCUUCUGCCGCAACAUGUCCAUUCUGUGGAUCCACUCCAACAACAUUAGUCUCAUUGAACCUGGGGCAUUCUAUGGGCUCGACAAGUUGGAGGAGCUUGACCUCAGUGACAACGUGAACCUGAAGUCCAUUAACCCUUCCACCUUCCAAGGCCUUGUCCACCUGCAUACUUUGCACCUUGAUCGCUGCGGGCUUCUGGAGCUGUCCAGGGGGCUUUUUCGGGGGCUUUUCUCCUUACAGUAUCUCUACCUACAGGACAACAAUUUGCAGGAGCUUCUAGAUGACACAUUUCUGGAUCUUGCUAACCUCACCUAUCUGUUUUUGCAUGGAAACAAAAUUAAGAGUUUGUCAGAAAAUGUGUUUCGGGGGUUGAUGAACCUGGAUAGGCUGCUGUUGCAUCAGAACAGGGUUAGCGUGGUCCAUCGCAGGGCAUUCCAUGACCUUGGUAAAGUAAUGACCUUGUACCUUUUUAAUAAUAACCUGACGGUGCUGAUGGGAGAGACCAUGGCUCCCCUGGGGUCUCUCCAGUACCUUCGAUUGAACGGCAACCAGUGGGUGUGUGACUGUCAGGCCCGAUCCCUUUGGGAUUGGUUUAAGCAGUUCAAAGGGUCUUCCUCUGAGCUGGAGUGCCACUUACCUGCUCACCUGGCAGGAAGGGACCUCAAGCGCUUGCAAAGCACAGACCUGGAGGGCUGUAUCGACUCUUUCAACCAGAUCAGAACAAGCGUGUUCAGCACCAAGACCAGGUCUGGCAAACUGCCCACGGCAGACCCACCUCUCGGUCCCCGGGACAAUGCACGGAAAUGCUGCCAGCCAGAGAUGGAUAAAUCUUUCAUUUACGAAGCCAAAGCCAAGGCGGGCCCUUCUUCACACAGCAACCGGGCUUCCCCUAACAAUCCACUCAAGGAUAAGGAAAAUAUGGCCAAAACCAAGCAUCAAGUUGAGACGGAUCUCUCCAAAAAUGGCAGCAACAAGCACAUCAACGACUCGCCCUUUGGAACCUACCCCAGCGCGGUUGACCCACCCUUGACCAACUUGAAACCUGAGUUCUUGGGUCCCGUUGAGCCUUCCACCACCCCGACAAAAAAGAGGCAGGGAUGUUCUAGGAGAAACAAGUCCAGGUCCCAGUGCCGUGUUGCACAGCCGGCUCACGGUGCCGCCACACCCCCAGUCAUCCCAAGCCUUUUGCUGCCCCCCCUGAUGUGGAGUCUGUUUUGCUUCUGUUGAAAUCAAGCCUUUGCUUUCAGGAGGGGCUCUUGGCUUUAAGAGAGAAACAGCUGUUUUUUUAAGGAAACGCGAAGCCACUUCUCCCAGUGCUGUGAAUCUGUGGAGCUGUGCCCAGAGGAAACGUUGCGAUGCUAAACAUUUACUGGAUGCCUUUAUAAACUCUCUCACACACACAAAUCAACAAAAAGGUGUAAAUAAUUUAUUUCUUCCUUCUGGAAUUUAUAUGUUUGAUUCUGAUGGGUUUAUCUUGCUUUUGUCCUUGGAACUACCCUUCUCCCAAAAUAUAUGUAGAAAGAAGGAAGGAGAAAG